GCAGCGCCGGGCACACGGCGAGACAGCGAUGGGGCCGUGCUGAGCCCCCGCGGGUGCCCAUGAGGCGCCGGGCAGAGCCGAGCCGAGCCGGGCGGGCUCCAGCCAUGCAUCCCGGCGCGCCCGCGGGCACAUGGGGCAGCGCCUGAAUCGCUGCCUCGAUGUCCCCGUCGCGCUGCCGCCGCUGAGGCGGAGGUUGCUGCUGCUCUUCAUCAUGCUCUUCCUCUGGCUCUACAUGUUCUACUCGUGCGCCGGCUCCUGCGCCGGGCUGGCUGCCCGCGGCUCUCCCGCGCCGCCCCGCGCCGCCCCGCCGGGGGAGCCGGGCGAGGAGAGCAGCCUGGAGGAGCAGCGGGCAGCGCCCGACGCCGCCAGCCCCAUCUCCAGCUUCUUCAACGGCUCCGGCACCAAGCGGCUGCCGCAGGCCAUCAUCAUCGGCGUCAAGAAAGGGGGGACGCGGGCGCUGCUGGAGUUCCUGCGGGUGCACCCCGACGUGCGCGCCGUGGGCGCAGAGCCCCACUUCUUCGACCGCAACUACGAGCGGGGACUCGCCUGGUACAGGGACCUGAUGCCCAGGACGCUGGAGGGGCAGAUCACCAUGGAGAAGACCCCCAGCUACUUCGUCACCAAGGAGGCCCCAGCCCGCAUCUCCUCCAUGUCCAAGGGCACGAAGCUCAUCGUGGUGGUGCGGGACCCCGUGACCAGAGCCAUCUCGGACUACACCCAGACGCUCUCCAAGAAGCCCGAC